CGUUUCUCUGUAAACAUCAUGGAAAAAUUCGAUAGUUUUUUCGAAAGCCUUAACAUUUCGGAAUCAUCUUUGCAGAAUAUAAAAAAGAAAGCAACUUGAUACAAACAUGAGUCAAAACAUUCGUAAUACCAUACCUGUUGUAUACGUAUACAUAUUAUUACGCCUUCCUUGCAUUGAAAAUAGUCAAAUUUCAAGAAAAAAACGCGCUAAAAUUAUCAAUAUUUCAUGCAAGAAAAAAGUUGUUUUGAGAAACGUUGAAAAUUUUGAAGUUCUUAUAUAUUAAUAAAAAAAGAUAUGUCAGCAGAAGAUGACAUAUUCCUCGCGGAAGAAUCGCCAAUAGGCGACCGUAGAAAAUAGCAGAAAAUUACCUUAUGUGUACUAUAAGAACAAAAUAUCGAUAACUAUGUGUGACGUUUCUAAGGGGGGGGUUGGUCUCCAGAGAAACGAACAUAUGACGUUUCUCAUGGACAAAAUCGAUAUGUGCAGUGGCGGAAAUUCACUUUUUCCGGUGGGGGGGGCGAAGCCUUCUAAAUUUCCGACCAAACGUUCAAAUUUCCGACAACCCCCCCCCCCCCAUUUGCACUCGAAAAGGCUGUUUUUAGCCCUCUUAAAGGCCGGUUUUCCACUUGCGAAUUUUUUCGCGCGAAGCGAAUUUUUCUUUUGUCUUUAUCCAAUCAGUUCCAAAUGGUUCCAGACCAAAGACAAAUGAAAAAUUCGCUUCGCGCAAAAAAAUUCGCAAGUGGAAAACCGGCUUUAGAGGUCAAAAUUUCCGAAUAUUUGUCAUUUUCCACGAAGGUGGGCGGGGGGGGGGCGGCCGCCCCACCGAGAUUUCCGCCACUGGAUAUGUGAGGCUUCCCUAAUAGUACCGAUAAGCCGAUACACCGAUAUGGUUAUGGUUAAUCUUUACCUGUAAUGUUGAUAGUCUUUGUUUUUGCGUUUCAGAUGGGUGAUAUAUAACGAUCGGAAAGUGGCCGUAUCAGAAAACCCGCCGAAAAGUCUAGCUUACUUAUACCUUUAUAAACGACUCUAAUAUUUAUACUUAACAACAUAAUAUAAUAUUUGUAGUGUCACGUUCUGCUUUUUAAUGAAAUUUUCUUUACCCUUGCGUUAUUCAGAUUGAAAUCUUUGACUAAACUGUUGAGACCAUCAUAGGGAAAUAUUGAAAAGUUAAUAUGUACGUUUAAAUGCAGUAUAUAUAUAUAUAUAUAUAUAUAUAUAUAUAUAUAUAUAUAUAUAUAUAUAUAUAUAUAUAUAUAUAUAUAUAUAUAUAUAUAUAUAUAUAUAUAUAUAUAUUAUUAUUAUUCUGAGGAAGGCCGUGUCAAGUGGCCGAAAAUUUAUUUGUAUACUUUACUUUAGUCAUCUUUAAUAAAUUCUUCGAUACGUAGCCAUCUCUUUGUCGUAAUAUUAUGUGCUGUUGGCUAAGGCAAGUUUUGGUCAUAUAUAUAUAUAUAUAUAUAUAUAUAUAUAUAUAUAUAUAUAUAUAUAUAUAUAUAUAUAUAUAUAUAUCGCAGAUUUCGCAUUAAUAAUACCUUUUGAAUAUUUGGUAAACGUCAUCUAAAUUCAUCAUUAACAUUCAGCAAAUUGAUCAGAAAUUAGUCCGACAAAUUGCAGCGUGCGAACAGUCUCUCUCGCAUUUGUUAUCUUUAAUCCCCCGGCAUAAAACUUUACCAUUGGCCAGGGCCGUAGCGAAGAAGCAGGUUGGGGGGGGGGGGGUAGUAUCCCAUUUGCCGACAUUCGCUAUGUCUAUGAUAAUGCAUUCAAAAAGCAUUCAACCGUAUUAGAAAAAAUAUUUCACUGUUCAAAGUAGCGAUAUCUAGCUGAUGUCACGAUGCAUGUAUAAUAAUAUAGCUGGAACUGCAAAUCUGACAUUCAGCUGGUUUUGAGGUUGAACGGUACUUUUGCACGCUGCGAUUUGUCGUCUACGAAGAUUCUUAAAGCAAAAACAUUGUGAACUACGGUCUACGGCUACCAGCGACAGGUAAUUUAACUGAAUAAGAUCUAUAACAGGUAAUUUAACUAAAUAGUAAAUAGAUCUUUCACUGUAAGCGUACAAAUAUCUUCUUAAAUCAUGAUUAUCAUGCUUCACUAUACAUAACUCGGCAAUAACAGCGCAAAAAAGAUGCAUGGAUAAAUUGUAUAGUCGAACGUGGGCAGCCAUGUUGUAUUGAUGACAUGUCUGAAAAUUUCACCGGUUUAUCAAAAGGUCGUUGCCAGAUUUCAUGUUUGCGGGCUUCUUUGUAUCAUGCAACCAUACCUGAAAAAUAGAACCACGCUUUGAUGUUUUGAGCGAAGGCCCUUCGUCUGAGAGUUAUAUAUUAAUAGAAACUUCCAGACGAAGCCGCUGGCUGAACGUUCCAUCACACGUCAUCACUAUAUGCAUGACUUCUUAUUCACUUAGCGAUGUCAAUGGCACGCUCAGUGUAAAAAUAGAAAUAUAACCAAUUCUACCUAAUUUAGGCCAUAUAAAAUAAAUUUCUUGAUUCUCAUCACCGCCCGCGACAUCCCUCGUGCAUGGAUCACGCAAUCCUGCACGGAAAACCAUUCGGUAUAUUCCUUUAAUCCAUGCAAGGAUAUGACAAUAAUCAAGCGCAAAACUUUUACAUUAUCGUUGGACGUUGCUGAUUCGAUUUCACAGAUAAUAUACAAUAACCAGUUACAUUGACAUUUAUCUGGAUUCACAGACUAUUCAUAAGUUUGUGUGUUGUUCGUCUUUUUUUUUAAUUAAUUUUAAUUAUUUAUUUACAAUUGUAAAUAUUCGUAUCUUUAGGCAUUAAAGAAUUAUACUUAUUUACUUAUUUAGUACAAAGUCUAAAUGGCAUCAGAAGAAUCUCAACAAGUCAAUUUCGAGAAGCAAGUGGAAAGAGCAAAACAAUUCAAGGAAGAUUUAGACUCGGGCAAAGGAUGGACGCAAAGAUAUCACGUUUUAGAUGAAUAUAAUUCUUGGAGUAAAACAUUCCCUGAAGAAGAAGUACCGGUGAAACUACUCUUCAAAUUUGAAAAUCUUCCAAUAUCCGCUGAGAAGUUUGCAGAAAUGCUACUCAAUUUUGAGAUCCGAAAGAAAUGGGACAACGCCUUUGCAGGUUUGAAACUGGUUUAAGAUUAUUGCUAGAAGUAAUUUUUUGAUGGCGCAGUUGUUAUGUUUAGUGAAACCAUGGAUAAUAAAAUAAAUGGAUAGGACUCUAGCUGACGUGAACAAAAACAACCUAGUUGCAAUCUGUGACGUCACACGUAUUGCAAAGUUCUCGGCAUUUUUGUUGUUUCGCUAUACUUUCCGCUUUAAAAGAGUAAUAUUGAAGCAUAUACUGGUCUAAUUGUUUUAAAAACAUGCCUAAGCCACGACAAAGUAUUCAAGGUAAAUGUUUUUCGUCUUUGUUUUGUAUUUUUGUACAUUUGUAGCUACGAAAUUGGCGUCCCCAAUUUUAACGAAAUUUGGGAUGCCUUUUUCACUGUUUAGUGCUUGAAAUAUUUGCCAAAAUUGACUGGGAAUACUUAGAGAUUUCAUCGUAGAAUAGCGUAGUUAUAUUCAUUUCCUCUUUGACUAAAAUGUUUAGCUGUAUUAAUGCUAAACAUGCCGUUUUUGAGAAUUUGGUUUGCAACUAUAGGUUUCAACAUCCAAUCACGCCAUCAGCCCAUUGAAAACAUUAGGUCACGUCAGCUAGUUUCCUAUCCAUUUAUUUUAUUAUCCAUGGUGAAACUAAACAGAAGUCAUUGUGUUAUGUUUCUGUCUCAGUUUAUUUUAAUUUGUGCACGCGUUCACGGUGAUUGAGCUCAUCGUAUUCUCGUAUAAUUACUUCGAUAUGUGCGCACGCACCAUUUAUAACGACAACCUACAGGACAAAACCGAAGAUUAGGCCCAUAUCUUUAAUGUACUGACCGAAUUUUUAAUAUAACGAUCCAGUUCAAUCCAUUCAAUGCUUAAGUAAUUGUCCAUUACAUUAGGGAUAACUGAGGUAAAACGUGCAACCACGAUGAAUAAUAUUUAUUAGUAUUUUUACGCAAGUGAACUGAAGAAAUCCGACGUGGUGAUUGGUAAAAUUUGACGUGAUAUUCCCUUAUAUUCACCCACAUGUGAAUAUAACAGUAAAAACUAGUUUACAAAAUGGCGACUAGCGAAAAGAAAUAAACGAAAUUAAAAUAAAUUCAGUCCAAAAAAAUACAAAAGACUUGGGUAAAAAUACUGAAACAAUCGGUUCGCCUCAGGCUCCGUGAUUAUUGGGGAAUAUUCAAUAUUCGCCUGAACUUUGUCUCGGUGAAUAUUCGGGUUAUAUAUUUAUGAUAAUUCCCCGAUAAUCACCUUGCCUUGUUAUUCAAGAAAUUUGAUUGGUUGCUCAGCUCCUUAUAUCCAUACCCUUGCACUAUUCCGUUCUCGGGACAAAAACAAAAUGGCUUCCCGUUUCGUUCCGGCUCGGUUUCGCCAAACACAAAGAAAGCCACAAUUUCACAAAGUUUUGUUUGAAGGAAUAUGGCAAUAAAAAUGAACUUUGUCUUAUUUGAAAGAACGUUUAAAGUUAUAUAUGCAGACCCUUUACAACUUUUUCGUACCUUGCUUGGUUUUCCGGAAAUACUCUGACCAAAAACAGUGUGCAGUCCGCCAUCUUUGUAUUAUAAUAGACAAUUCCCAUUAUAGACUAAUUUUAAAACUAGGCAAGGAGAUGCAAACAAAUCACCACAGCUAGAAAGAGCAUACUAAAAUUAGUAAAAUUACAAAAUUUGGUUGCGAAAUGUUGUAAAAUGUGAAAAAUAUAGCCUUGCAAAGUUUGCAAAUUUUGUAUACUUUUGUAUUGCGUGCGACAUUUUCGGCCUAAAUGUGGUAGGAAUGUGGUAGGAAUUUCCGCAAGCAAUACAAAAGUACACAAAAUUGGCGAACUUUACAAGGCUAUAUUUUCCUCAUUUUACAACAUUUCGCAACCAAACUUUGUAAUUUUACUAAUUUUAGUAUGCUCUUUCUAUAGCUGUGCUGAUUUAUUUCGGUUUCCUUGCCUAAUUUUAAAAUUAGUCUAUAAUGGGAAUUGUCCUAUGCCCUGCAUAGUUAAAACUUCUUCAUGUGGGACUAAAUUUCUUCCAAAAGUUUCUUAAAAUGUUGUGAGUUAAAAAUUUCGCUUUUGCCCUGCUUGUGACGUAUGCAUAUCGAAUGCAUAUCCAAGAUGGUGGAAUGCACGCUGCUUUUGAUCGAAAUAAGUCGAUUUGUUUCGAAAACCAAGCAAGAUACGGAAUAAUUGUAAAGGAAGUUUAGAUAUCAUUUUAAAUGUUCUUUCAAAUAAGACAAACUUAAUUUAUAUUGCCAAUAUCCCUUUAACUUUAAACCUAUUUCUAACGAAUAAUAUUACUAAAACUGUAAAAGCGUGUAACUGCUGUCAUGUUUGUGCAAUUUGCAACUAUGACGUGAGCUCAGAGCUGAAAUAAAAAUUGUUUUAAAAAUAUUUCGUAGUUUUUGGUCAUUUUUGUUUCAGUGUUAUCAUAUAUGCUCCCGUUUCAGUGAAUAUCCUAGUUGCACUAUUCACCGACACCAUAGGCAGCCCACUAAAACCACUGAAUUCAAAUUAAAACUACAAUGAAAUUAUAAAAUUUAACGAAAAUAAUCACAAAUUAGCGAAAUAUAUUGCACAAUGUAGCUUAUAUUAAAUCUCCACUCGAUUGACCUAUCGGCGAACUGACGUAUAUUAAGGUAUACUUUAAUAUACGUCAGUUCGCCGACAGGUCAAUCGAGUGGAGAUCAACCUCGUCCCCAGGGCCUAUUGAGGAAGGAGGCGAAGUGCCCUUCGCAUCUUUCUUUAAAAGGCCCUGGGGACGAGGUUGGUGGAGAUUUAAUAUAAGCUACAUUUUGCAAUAUAUUUCGCUAAUUUGUGAUUAUUUUCGUUAAAUUUUAUAAUUUCAUUGUAGUUUUAAUUUAAAUUCAGUCGUUUAGUGGGCUGCCUAUGCCGACACUGAGGUGAAUAAUUGUUAAAGUGCGACUAACCACUAAUAUGAUUUUUGGUAUGUGUAAUAUUUGGGUCAUUUAAAGAAGAAAUGUAAUAUAAGUUCUUUGAAUGUUUGCAUGGCGAUAAAAAUAUAAUUGUUUUUGUUUGUGGAAACACCACGUAAAUUUAUUACUGCAAAGCUUUCUUUGAUGUGCCGUUUAAUUAAAUUUCAAAUGACACGAGCCAACAGAUCACGACACUCUUGUAUAUAAAAAGAGCGUGUGAAUUAAACAAGUCACAUAUUAUUAGCACUGAUGAAGAUCCGGGCUUACGGAUCGAAAGCUUUGCAGUAAUAAAUUUACGUGGUGUUUCCACAAACAAAAACAAUUACAUGUAAUAUAUCUUUAUAAUAAAAAAUCCCAUCUUGAUCAACGUUUUCACUGUCAAAGUGUCCGGAUAUGAUAUCAUUAGGUGAAUUGCAAAUUAGUUUUCCUUUUUUCUGUGUUGAUGUUGUGUAUAAAAAUAUGCAUUUUUCAAGCUUGUCCGGUGAGGAUAUACACUCAGAGUAACAUCACAAACAUCAUAGUUUUCCUUUGUUUUUUUUAUACCAAAAAUUCACCUAAUGACAUCAUAUCCGGAAACUUUGACAGUGAAAAAGUUGAUGAAGAUGAGGUUUUUUACUAUAAAGAUACAUUACAUUUCUUCUCAGAAUGACCCAAAUACCACGCAUACUAAAAACUAUAUUUGGGAUUAGUCGCACUUUAGUCUUUAAAUGAAGUUGAGACAUAGAAUUAGGAAGAAAAUAAAUGCUGACAAUCCUUUCUGUCGAUAUUUCCAGGUUUAGAGUUAUUGGACACGUUUCCUAACGGAUCAGUCAUUGCUUACACGCGUGUCGAAGUCUCAUUUCCCUUGACGAACCGAGAUAUGGUAUUACUCUGCUCGCCUCCCGCCGAGACUGACUGGUUUGGGAAAAAAGCUUAUGCUAUGUUUGUGACGGAUGCUACGCAUGCGUCAAAACCCGCGGGAGCUCAUGGUCUUAUCCGAGCGACAAAUGGCGGGAAUUUCUACAUUGCUGUGCCAGACGACGAAGAGCCUGGGGCCAAGUGCGAGGUUUUUGGUUUGAGUAAUAAUAAUUACAAUGGAUGGCUGCCGAAUAAAUGCGAAUUCUUGGUUACUCCAAGGGCAUCCAAGGUUUUCUACCAGUUGAGACAGAGUAUUAUUGAAGGACACAACAAGUACUUUACUUAGGAUUCAGACACGUAUAGAGUACAGUAGGUCUUGUUAGCUAAGGUGAUAUAAAAUACCAAUACUUAUUGACUGGUAGUCUGGGACCGAGGGAAACAGUAUGUUUUGUGGACAUUUUUAACAUUUUCAAUAAAAUUUUCAUCUUAUUCAAUCUACAAACAUUCAGUUCAUACUAUUGGAUUAUAUACCAACUAACUGAACAAACUUGGCUUACGUCUUUUAACAGCCUUCGUAAAUGUCCUCAGUUGAAACGGGGUUUUAUCUGAAUAAAUGCGUUAACAGCAAGUUUUCAGCGCUGUUAAAAAGUAUCUUUUGUAAAUUUUAAGCCGGUUUUAAAGGGUACAUAUUUAUAUUGAUGGCUUGACCGUGCUCUUCACAUGCGUGGAAAGACUGGGACUGAUCUUCAAGUUUGCUUACAAAUUUCUGGUUGAAGAUAGUGUUCCAGACAUAGUUCAUUUCACAGGCCUAUUCCACCCUAAAAUUGACAAUAUAAUUAAGGCAAAUCGAAGCUAUUGUUUCUGGUCAUUGAAGCGAGUUUGGGUUUGCUCAUUUAAGAUAAUCCAAACACUGUUAAGUACCUGUAGGUGCUAGACAAAGCUUUCACUUGCUUAAACACAGGUUACAAUUACAAUAUACGAUAUAACAAUGUGUAACUAAACCUCUUAACUGAAUUUCAUUACCAUUGGAAACGACAGCACUUGGGACAAAAGAAAAUAACAGUUUUAAUAAACCGAAUGCAAUGAAGAAGUUACGAAGCUAUUUUCCAAUCAUUAUUUUGAAAUCUAAAUCUCCAUUUUGAAAUCUCCGAAAUCCAUAUGAAGAUUAUGAUAAGUAUUUGUGUACAACAUUCUGGCUAUUUAAUAUAAUCUUAAACAACAUUGAAGUGUUCAACCAAACUUGUAUAAAAAAGUACUCUCGUUCAGGUUUUCUGAAGGUCUAUUAAAUUACUAUUUUAAAUGGAUGGAAAACAAGUACGAUUCAAAAAUCAAUAUUCGUUCAAAUGGCUUGCACGACAGCAACGUCAAAGAAGAUAUCUAUUUUGUAUUGUAAUUGCAUGUUGCAUAACCAUCAUACUGUCAUUUUAUCGUAUUUUAACAACAUCUUCGACUACAGUUGAAACAAGAUUACGAAAUAUACCAAUUCGGUAAGUGUAAUUAGACAAUAUGAAUCCCUUAAUUUGACCGUUGACUCAGACAGUUUACAUGAGAUUUUUCUCAACUCUCAUUGAGACGUUCUCUGGCCGCCAAAUUAAUUUUAAUGACAAUCCUUCACCUGUUCAAGCUAUAGGUCUGAUAGCCAAAAGCUUGUCAUUAAAAAUAAUUUGGCCAGAGAACGUCUCAAUUUUAACAAGGGGUCGACCAAAUGAUAAUAUCAAGUGAUGAUGAUCCGAAUGAUAAUAUCAAGCUGAUUUGUCUUGUAGGAUCCUGACAACGUAAUAGAUCCGGAAUCGAAUCGAUUCUAACACAAACAAGAUAAGUUUAUGGCCACACUCCAAAAGCAUCCAUAGCUAGUAGGAUUCCGAUAUAAACCUAUAAAAUUACGAAUAUCUUCACCAAAAUCCUAGAUCAGAGUCCUAACGUGUUCUGAUCAACUGCCAUUGGAGCUAUCAUCUGACUCUGUUGCGAAUAUGUUGGUCUUAGGAAUAUAUUAUAGUGACUGAUUCUCGUCUAUCUUUAUAUAUCGUAGAAUCCAAGUGUCAAACGUCUGGGUAAUAAAGGAUGACAAUUUUUUCACAAACAAGGAAUACGAGGAACUGAUGACGUCAUACACUCGCAACCAGUCCUUUGAUCCUGCAGUACAUACGUCAGCGGUCCUCGAUGAGUACAUACAUGAGAUCAUAGAGGGAAAGGAUGACUACCUUACAACUGAUGAUAAUUAUUCUGAUUUUGAUAACAGUGCCCUGAUCAAUGAAAGGUAAUAUUUAUAUAAGUCAUAAUUAUAUAAGUAUGUCCAUGACCCAACCUUCUCAUAACUAAAUCUUACCUACAGUGUUGUAAAAAUUGCCAAAGAAAAGUACAAUGAGUAGAAAUUAUAAUUCAGUAAUUCUCCAGAAACUGGGUAAUUAUUACAGAUUACUUUCGUUCAAAAGCAGGGGCGCCGGAGCAAUGGGGGCAGCGGGGGCAACUGUCCCUGUUGCCCAAACAGUGCGGGGGCAGUACGGGGGCAACAGGUUGCCCUUUUACCGGAACUACACUUCGAAAUUCGUGCGGUAUUCACAGGAAUUGGAAUUUAUAACUAUUUUUAAGCAAUGUUUAAGCAAUCUUUGCUUAAUUUUUGACCAGUUAUAGUAAAAUUAAUGCUAAAUCAGGCAAUAUACAUCCGUAUACUGAUUUUCUUUCGCUCCCUUAGCAUGGUGCCGCGAAUAAAAUUGUUCAAAAUUAAUGUUGAAGUUUGCCGAGCCAUCAUAGCCACAACUAUAAUAUAAUCGAGUAUCCAUACGGUAAAUAGUUUUUAACAAAUAUUUCCGCACAGAAAAACUAUGAUACUAACUAACCACUCCUCGACAUUGAUUGAUAAUAUAUUUUUUAAUUCAAUCGAACACUUUGUCAUUAGUGGUAAUCUGGUCUAUGAUUUGACUGAUCAUUUGCCUAAUUUUAUCAUAUUUAAUAAAUUUUCGUCUCUCCCCUCAAAUGUUAAAAUCUAUAAGAGAGAUUACUCAUUGUUUAAUGAACCAGAUCUAAUAAAUGAAUUUCAAUCUAUCAAUUGGCAAACAGUAUUUGCUUCAAAUAGUGAUCCGUCUCUAAUGUUUGAUAAUUUUUACGCUAAGACAACUGAAAUAAUUGAUAAACAUAUUCCUAUAAUACAAUUAUCUAGAAAUGAAAUAAAGUUAAAAUCCAAACCAUGGAUAACACGUGCAAUUCAAAAAUCAAUUCAUGUUAAAAACAAAUUAUACAGUAAAUUCUUGAAAACAAAGUCCUUUUACUAUCAUUCAAAAUUUAAAUUAUAUAGAAACAAAUUAAACCAUAUUUUGAAGAUUAGCAAAAGAAAAUACUACAAUGACUAUUUUAUACAAAACAUCCAAGAUACAAAGAGAGUAUGGAAGGGCAUCAAACAAAUAAUACACUCUAAACCUAAAGUGAGCCAGAGAAUUAUCAAAAUUCUGGAGGGAAAUAGAGAGAUAACAGAUCCAAUGGCAAUUGCAAACGCUUUCAAUAAUUUUUUUGCUAACAUCGGAAAUAGUUUGGCCUCUUUAAUACCAAAUGUUGAAAAGUCGCCUUUUGAUUAUCUCACUAAUUCUCCAUGUGACAGCUUAUAUAUUUCUCCAGUUACUUCGGAAAAGAUUGUAAAUGAAAUUUCUAAAUUAAAACUCGGAAAGGCUACUGGUCCAUUUAGUAUACCAGUGUCAAUUCUGAAAAUCCUUGGAACAGUGAUAUCGAAGCCAUUGGAAAUUUUAUUUAAUGUUUCUUUUUCAAUGGGCGUUGUACCAAGCAAUUUUAAAAUAGCAAAUGUUCUACCGAUUUAUAAGAAUGGAUCUCCAACUAGUACUUGUAAUUAUCGUCCAAUCUCUCUUCUUUCAGUAUUCAGUAAGCUCUUAGAGAAACUUAUGUCAAUUAGGCUGCUUGAUUUUAUCCAACGAAAAGCAAUUUUGUUUGAUAAUCAAUCAGUCGGAUUUCGUGCUAAACACUCUACUGACUUUGCCGUUCUUAGUAUAAUUGAUGAAAUACAAAAAGCAAUUGAUGAACGAGAUUUUUCUUGUGGAAUAGUUUUAGAUCUUAGUAAAGCCUUUGACACAGUCAAUCAUGAAAUCUUAAUAAAAAAAUUAGAGCAUUAUGGAAUACUGGGUGUAGCUAAACACUGGUUUAAAUCCUAUCUUAGAGGCCGCUAUCAAACAGUUACAGUAAAUAAUACUAAGUCUUCGGCUAGUAUUAUUUCUUGUGGUGUACCACAGGGAUCCGUUCUUGGUCCAAUUUUAUUUGUUUUGUAUGUCAAUGAUUUUCAUCACAGUUCUAACCUCUUCGAUUUUCAUUUAUUUGCCGACAAUGCAAAUUUGUUCUACCGACAUAAAAAUAUUAAUAUUUUGCAAUCAGAUGUUAAUACCGAAUUAAAUAGUAUUAAUGUCUGGCUAUGUGCCAAUAAGUUAUCGCUCAAUGUAGAAAAAUCAAAUUUUGUCCUUUUUCAUCCAUCGCAACGAAAAAUAGGUAUAAAUUUUCAAUUAAGUAUAAAUGACAAGAUCAUUAAACAAUGCUAUUCGGUUAAAUAUCUGGGCAUCCUGAUUGACUCUAACCUUGGUUGGAAAUCUCAAAUUGAAUGUAUUGCUAAAAAAAUUAAGAGAAGUGUGGGCGUUCUAUCUAAAUUACGGUACUAUGUUCACACUAACAUUCUGAUUAAUCUUUAUUAUACUGUGAUUUAUCCAUUUUUAAUAUAUGGUAUAAUCGUCUGGGGUAAUACUUACCACAGUACAAUACAACCACUUUUUGUUUUACAAAAGAAGGCCAUGCGUAUUAUAACGUUUUCUGAAUAUAACGAACAUUCAAGUCCAUUGUUUAAGUUAUUAAAUAUAAUCAAGAUCUUUGAUUUGGUAACUUUCCAUAUUGCAUCAUUUAUGUAUAAAUUCCACCAUCGACUAUUGCCCUCAGUUUUUGAUAACUUUUUCACUCCAAUAGAUAGAAUACAUAGAACAAGAACUAAUUAUGGUUUAUUCAGUAUAAGAUUUCAAGGAACCAAGAUAUGGAAUUCCAUAAACGAAAAUAUAAAACUGUUUUCUUUUUCAAAAUUCAAAAAUAAACUAAAAAGUGAUAUAUUGCAUAAAUAUUAAACAUUUUAUUCUCAGUAAAAUUUUUCUUCUUCUUGCUAUAUAAGUUGAUAAAGCUGUUCUGAUCCUUUUCCUUCAUCCCAACUCCAAACCAAAAUCUACUGGUAUUGUAUUAUUAAAAUAUGUUGCAAUUGUAAAUUGUAUUUAAUUUAUUCUUAGUGUAGUUCUAUGUGUAAGUCUGUUUUCUGUUACUGCUAGUGUCAUGUUGUACCUAUUUUCCGAUUAUAUAAGUUACUUAAGUAUUUUUGCGAACUGGCUUCCUGGCAUUUUUAGCCAUCUUAGGUUAUUUCGGGAAGCCAGUACCCUACUUUUAUUAUAAUUAAUUUGUCUUAUAAUCCAUGUAGUAUUUUAACAAAUGGGUACAAUAAAGUGUAUUGUAUGAUUGGGAAGCAAGUGCCCUUUUGAAAUGGCUGCCCCCGCCGCUUCACAUUGCUUCAGGCGCCCCUGAAAAGUAAUAAUGGACAACUUGCAUGUUAGACUAAAUUUUAACCUAAGUAUAUAAACAGAAGGGAAUCAAACACCACAGCUAAAAAGAACAUAAUGAAAUUAGUAAAGUUGCAAAAUUUGGUUGCGAAAUGUUGUAUAGCUUGGAAAAUACAGUCUUAAUUGCAAAGUUUGCAAAUUUUGUAUAAUUAUUAUAUGUUUGUAUUACGUGCGGAAAUUAAAUUGUUACCAUUUUCGGCUCAAAAUUAACCACCUGCUCUGAUAUUUUCUUUCAAUUUUACAGCGGAACUGGGAUUUGACCUAAAAUUUGUGCUGGGAAAUGGGACUUAGAGGAAAUCCACCACAACUUUGUAUUUUUUACCAUUUUAGGAGUAGAACGUGCCAAAUACCAUCCAGAAACGUGCUAUUUCUCAAAACACACUACACAGGCGGUGAUGCCGUUACAAACAUCUUGAACCGCUUCGCCGAUCUCCGUCAACUGCUCGUAGCACUUCCGACCAAUGGCCUUUCGUCGUUUUACUGGCCGAGCAAAUUUCACUGGCGGUACUUGGACAUGCAACGGCUCGAGGGAAAUCUCCCUAAUGUGCUAUGUAACCACGCUCGAUACAGUGGUGACGUCAUGGCGAAAUUUAUGCCGUUGAACACACAUUUUGUGAGCAUGCUCAGAGAACCCGUGGAUUAUUUCGCGACUGUUUUUGAACGCCUGGAUAUUGCUAAGAGAAUGGAAAUUGAUCACCACAAGCCGUUUGAAGCGUUUGCGUUGGAUACGAAAGGAUUUUUGAAGCAGGCGAUACGAAAGAAGCGAUUUUUUGUAAGUCAUAUUAUUCUCGCUUCCUUUAAAAUAUUCACCAAAUAAAACUACCUUCUGUUUAUAUACUACUAUCGCUCGAAGGAAGUUUUGCUUUGGAUAACCGCAACAAUUUUUGAAAGUGUUUGUAAGCUAAAAUAACUUUAUUUAAUUAAUUAUACUGGAUCACGUUAGACGAACUACGAGAUGCCAUGCAAUAGACCCUCGGAAAACACUGCGGUAAACGUCUGCGCAUGUGUGAGUCUACGAAAAUGGCCGGGAAAACGUCUGCCAAAAUAAUUGGAGUAAAUACUGAAAAAGAAAAGCGCUUACUAUAAUGCAUGAAACGCCUGAAGCUACAAGGUAGAGAAUUACAGCGCUUUUUCCUUGUGUCAAGACGAAGUUAUACUGAGUUUAAACUGUCGUACCUUUUUGAGAGAGCUUCGUAAAAACAAUAUACUAUUUCCAAUCUUUCGAGUACAAGCAAUGUUUGAUCGCAGUAUCGCUCAGAAAGGACCAAAACUUGGCAUUUAGCUAGCUUGGGUUCAUUUUUAAAUUCCACGUUUUCCUGUCAACAAAGUCCGCGUAAAUCACCUAGAAAUGUACCUGAAAUUAUUACUCAUUAGCAAAUAUCUGGGGGGGAAGGUUACACCUCCUUACCGAUCCACCGUCGCCACAGCCUUGCCACCAAGUUAAACUUUUAUCAUUCUUUUAACAGGACUCGAUGAAUCUCCUCAAGAAUGGAAUGUUUUUCGAUCUUGGUUUGCACACGUCAGAAUACGAGAAUGAAAUUGCAAUAUCCAGCGCUAUUUUUGACUUGCAAACAAAAUUCACUUUAGUUCUCAUCUACGAAUAUCUGGAUGAAUCGCUGGUUCUAUUAAAGCGCAAAUUAUGCUGGAAAAUAGAUGAUAUUGUCUACUUGAGUUCGUUAUUACCGCGCAACAUGGCAAUGACCUUUACAGUUUCGCGCGCAGCAAAACAUGCUAUCGGGAAAUGGAACAUGGCUGAUUUUAUGUUAUAUGAUUUUUUCAACGCAACGCUUUGGGAACAAAUACGCAACGAAGAUAAUUUUGACGCAGAACUUGCAAGUUUUAAAGCGAGACGAAAAGAGAUUGAGUUUUUUUGUGAAACUGGGCAAGCAUAUGAUGGGAAUGUGGGUUUUAAUUUUGUAAACUUUAAUGAGACCCAGGGUUUUGGGACCCGUGUUAAAGUUGAAGAUAUCUGUAGCAAAAUGGCAAUGACAGACGUUGAUUACUUGGAAUAUUUCCGAAAAUAAUGUCAAUAAUGAGUUGUGACCACCUUGGUGUUUUAGCCAAGUAUAGUUAAUUGUAAUUAGUAUUUUUGCACAAGUGAACAUAACAAAUCCUACAAGGUGAUUGGUCAGAUUUGACGUUUUAAGCUGUUAAUUCACCUAAAGGUGAAUAUAACAAAACUGAAAUUUUCAAACUGGCGGCUAGCCGUUUUGUGGAAGCUUACUGAUAAAGAAAUAAGCGAAAUUAAAAUAAGUUCAGUACCAAAUAGCACAAAGACUUGUGUAAAAAUACUAAAACAAUUAUUCGCCUCAGGCUCGGUGAUUAUCGGGGCCGGAAUAUUCACCUCGACUUCGUCUCGGCGAAUACUCACCUUGCCUUCGGCGAAUAAUUGUUAAUUAAUAAAAUAUAUCGUUCGGCAUACGUAAGCAAGAUAUGAUAUAUAGUCUUAUAAGUAUUAUAUAUAGUCUUAUCAAGUAUUAUAUAUAGUCUUAAAAGUUCUUUCAAAUGAGAAAUCUUUCCUUCGGGACUGGUCAUAAAGUAACUGCUAGGGUGGGCUAAGGUAAAGCACAAAUUUUACCAAUAAGUUUGGUGACCCAUCUUAGGAUGUAGAUAAAAAUUUCAAAGCCCAUCUAAUCUUACCAAAUUUAUUUCAUGACCCACCCACCCAAUCUAAAUUGCAUGGGAAAAUACAAUUUUAUAAUAAAAAGGUAUGAACUUUGUAAAUGCACACAGGCACUGUAUUGACAUACAUAAUUCCACCAAACUUGACCAACACUGUAAGUGCUCGCGUUGCGUGGACACGCGCGCGUGUACAGAUCGGAAACGUUCGUACGUUGUCGUGCCUUUUUUGGCGCGAAAGAACACAAAAAAAAGAACAUGUUUAAUACGAAAGGACAAGCUUUUUGUAUUUUAAGAUUUGUAAAUUAAGAUAAAGGCUGAGUCAUCAACGUUGUUUACCCGACCAAAACCAAGUAACCUAAAGAUAAAACAUGAAUAAAGAUUAAUGAACAUUUACA